AUGCUUGUGUUAACUCUGCUUCCAUACACAGCAUACGAAGCUCUCACAGCAAAAUGUAAUGUCAGGUAUCCAGAACACCCACUUCACAGUUAUCGUCAAUCUGGAGAUCUCAUCAUUGGUGGCAUCGCAUCUCAUGGGAUCUUCCUCUCCUGUGUCAAAGAUUUCAUGAAGGAACCUCCACCAGCCAUGCCUGAGGAACUUACAAUACUUCCCAAGAAUUACCAACACAUCCUGGCCUUGGCUUUUGCGGUAAAGCAGAUAAAUGAAAAUCCUCAGAUUUUACCAAAUAUCAGCUUGGGAUUUCAUAUUUAUGAUAAUUAUUACAAUGCAGAAUGGACAUAUCAUUCCACCAUGCUUCUUAUAUAUACAUUAGAACAAUUUUUCCCAAAUUACAACUGUAACAUGCAGAAUAAGCUUGUUGCUGUGAUUGGUGGACUGGAUUCUCUUACUUCUCUUGAUAUGGCAAUUGUUCUGGAUACCUAUAAGAUUCCUCAGCUCACCUAUAGUCCCACUCCAGUGAUGAAGGACAAAUCUCCUGAUCUUCCCUUCUACCAGAUGGUUCCUAAGGAAGACCUUCAGUAUGAAGGCAUUCUGUCUCUGCUUCUAUACUUCAAAUGGAUAUGGAUUGGAGUGGUGAUUAUGGAAACGGAGAGCGGAGAGAGAUUUAUACAAACAGUGAUACCCAUGUUUUCUCAGAAGGGCAUUUGUUUUGCAUUCAUACAGAAAAUCCCUGUUAUAACUUUUAUUACUAAUAUAUCAGAAAUACUGCAUAAAGGGAGGAAUAUUUACAAUACAUUGACACAUAGUAAGGCUACAGUGAUACUUGCUUAUGGUGAAUCUAAUUCCUUUGGAUUUUUUAGAUUUCUUUCCUAUCAAUCAGAUGAAGCUAUAGACAGUAAACAUAGGAAAUCUUUAGGAAAAGUAUGGAUCACCACAGCCCAAAUGGAGAUUGCAUCCUUUGUAUUUCAAAGAGAUUGGGAUUUAGACAUCUUCCAUGGAGCUGUAGCUUUCAUGUUUCACUCCAGGGAUGUAUCUGGAUUUCAGCAGUUUAUAGAGAAUCGAAACCCUUUCACUACAAAAGAAGAUGGUUUUUUCAAAAACUUCUGGGAGCAGGUCUUUGGCUGUGUACUUCCAGAUAUACCGGAUAAAAUGGAGAAAAAUCAUUGCACUGGAGCUGAACAACUAGGGAGCCUCUUGUAUCCCAAUUUUGAAAUGAGCAUGUCUGGCCAUAGCUACAGUGUGUACAAUGCUGUUUUUACUAUCGCCCAUGCUUUACAUGCUAUGCAAAUAGCUGGAUUCAAACACAGGACAAAGAUAGAGGGUCAACUGAAGCUACAUAACCAACCAUUUUGGCAGCUCCAUUCCUUUCUGAGACAUGUUACAUUUAACAACAGUCUUGGGGACAAGAUAAUCUUUGACCAAGAUGAAAAGUUAGUGGAUGGGUUUGAUAUAAUCAAUUUUAUUCUUUCUGAAAACCAGUCAAAAGUGAAAAUUGGAAGGAUAGACCCUCAGUCUCCUGCACACCAAACAUUCAUCAUUGACAAAGAUGCCAUAACAUGGAACAGUUGGUUUAACCAGACUGCUCCUGUUUCCCUAUGUACACCUCGCUGUAAUCCAGGUUCUAGGAAGCAAGUAAUGGAAGGGUGGCCAUUUUGCUGCUACUCUUGCAUCUCAUGUCCCAAAGGGAAGAUUGCAGAAAAGGAGGAUUUGAAUGAGUGCUAUAACUGUACAGAAGAAAAGUAUUCCAACAAAAACCAGGAUUCAUGUAUUCCCAAGGACAUAAGUUUCUUGUCUUAUAAAGAGCCUUUGGGAAUAUGUUUAGCUUGUUUUUCUCUUUUCUGUUCCAUAAUCACAGUUCUCAUACUAAGGAUAUUUCUGAUGCACCACAACACUCCCAUUGUCAAGGCUAGCAACCGGGAUCUUACCUAUAUGCUCCUGGUAACUCUCCUGCUCUGCUUCCUUUGUGCAUUACUAUUCAUCGGUCAACCAAACAAGGUGGCAUGUAUUCUUCGACAAACUACUUUCAGCAUCAUCUUCUCUGUGGCUAUUUCCUGUGUGCUGGCCAAGACUGUGACUGUGGUCCUGGCUUUCAAGGCAACAAAGCCAGGAAGUGGGAUAAUGAAGUGGGUGGGCAAAAGAUUGGGCUAUACUUUUGUUUUAUCAGGCUUCUUAAUUCAGGUAGGUAUUUGCACUAUAUGGUUGUCCAUCUCUCCUCCUGUCCCAGAUGCUGACCUGCACACAGAGGCUGAAAAAAUUGUCCUACAGUGUAAAGAAGGAUCCAUGAUUAUUUUUUACUUUGCAAAGUGUUAUAUGGGCUUCUUGGCCAUGAUCAGUUUCCUAGUGGCUUUCUUUGCAAGGAAAUUACCAGAUACAUUUAAUGAAGCCAAGUUCAUCACUUUCAGCAUGUUGGUCUUCUGCAGUGUUUGGCUCUCCUUUGUCCCAACCUAUCUGAGCACCAGGGGAAAAUACAUGGUGGCUGUGGAGAUCUUCUCAAUGUUAGCCUCAAGUGCUGGGCUGCUGAUCUGUAUCUUUUUUCCCAAAUGCUAUAUUAUUGUUCUGAGAUCAGAUUUAAACAACAGGCAGAUAAAAAGACAGAAGAAGUGGUGA